UCUGCUCAGCUCAACACUUGUUGCUCACAAAGAAACACAAAUGCAACAACGAGCAGUUGUCAUUUUAUUAUUGGCAGCUUUGAGCAGCUGUGUCAAUGGUGACUGUGGAUGCAAUAAACUGGACAGGGAUGCGUCUUCAUCGAAAGGAAACAUCCAAACGGAGACUGAGCAGCAGCAGGUUUGCCAGCAGCAAGCUCGCAAUCAAAACAAACACUAUCGCGACUAUUAUGCGGAACUCGAGCCGGAGAUUGAGGGCAUGUCACUGAUCCCAGGUGGCAGUCUGCAUGUUGGCACCAAUGAGCCACAUUUUGAGGCGGACAACGAAUCUCCAGAACGUCUUGUUAAACUGCAAGAUUUUUACAUAGACAAAUAUGAAGUGUCCAAUGCGCAGUUUGCCAAAUUUGUGAAAGAAACUAACUAUACAACAGAAGCCGAAGUUUUUGGUGAUAGUUUUCUGUUCAAGACACUGCUGACGCCACAGCAACAAGCGGAGCUCGAGGAUUACCGAGUGGUCAACGCGCUCUGGUGGUACAAAGUAAGUGGAGUUAAUUGGCACACACCCCACGGAAUCGAUAGUAAUUUAAAUGGUUUGGAACAGCAUCCGGUAGUACAUGUUUCUUGGCGAGAUGCAGUCGCCUAUUGCAAGUGGAUGGGCAAACGAUUGCCCAGUGAGGCAGAAUGGGAAGUCGCCUGUCGAGGAGGCAAACAGCGCAAACUCUUCCCAUGGGGCAACAAACUAAUGCCCAAGGAAAAGCACUGGCUAAACAUUUGGCAGGGCGAGUUCCCCGACGGCAACACAGUGGAUGAUGGUCAUGAAUUUACAUGUGCAGUUAACGAAUUUCGUCAGAACAACUAUGAUCUUUACAACAUGGUGGGCAAUGUUUGGGAAUGGACGUCGGAUCUGUGGAGGUCGGACGAUAAAAGCGAUGCGCCAAAUCGUGUAAAAAAGGGUGGCUCAUAUCUGUGUCACAAAUCGUAUUGCUUUCGUUAUCGCUGUGCAGCACGUUCCCAAAAUACCGAAGACAGUUCAGCUGGCAAUUUGGGAUUUCGAUGUGCGAAAAAUGCAUGAAUUACAAAAUAAUGUCUUUAUUUAUUAAGUGGCUAUGUAAAGCGUAUUAUGGCAUUUAACAUUUGUGUGAUUAGAAAUUAAUAAUUGAAUUGAAAAUGCA